UUUGUCCAACACUGGAAUAUAUAAAUGUAAUAUUAACAAAGUAAAUAUGGAUUACGUUCGUUCAAUUUUUGAGUGCUUAGCGUCAAUCUGCAGUUGCUGGAAUUGCACGGACGACCUCAGCAGUCAAGGCAUUGAACCAAGCGAAAGGACUCAUCUGCUUGCUGAUUCAGUUAAUCAAAGUCCAGCAUUGAGACGAAGUAAUUCGGCUGAUUUGAGCAAUGAUUAUUCACAGUCGCUGCCAAAGAAAGACGACCAAAAUGCGCUCUCCAGAUUAGUCCAGAACACUGCAAUCAACAUGAUCAAUGUUGGUGCAUUGGAGUCGCACACCUUGGAGCAUCAGGAGUACACAGAUCGAAUUAAAUUGUACUCACAGCGUUUGCAACAGCAGUGGAACAACAUUCAACAUCCUGGCGUUGUUCUUAAAGGUCUAUUAAAAGAUGUUCCGAACCAGUCUUACCUAUCGAAAUGUAUUAAUCCGGAUGAUACAGCUCAGAUGAAAAUGUUUAUUCAUAAAUCUCAAUCUGCAGUAUUAGGAAUACAAAUUGAUCACAGAGACGCUGUUGUUGUUCCCUUUCAUAUCCCAUCCCAUAUACAUAAAUAUAAUUAUUAAGAACCAUCAUUUGAUACUGGCGUAGUUCGAUUAUUUACACACAAAUAUAAACUGAUAUUUUCAUAAA